CCGGAGGCUGAAAAGAUCCGAACCCGCGGUCCGGUACCACCUCAGAUUUACCUGAAAAUAUCACCCGUUACGCUUUUGUUUUGCUAUAGACAUGAGCCUGCUAGACGAUCUUCGCGGUGUAAAAUUACCCAUGUAGUACUCGAAAAGUACUGAAAUCUUCGUAUUUUUCUUAUUUUAAGUAGUACCAGUUUCGCCGGGUGACAUUUUUCGGCGUUGCCAUUGUUUUUUUCUUCUUGAAUUUUUCUUGUAUAUAAACAAAGGUGUUUUGGUUGUGUUUAUUGUGGUAGUACCUACGUGAGGAUAAUUUAAACCAACAGUACUAAAAAUUACGAUAAUAAGGGCGUUAAAAAUGGGGUCCCGCGUAGGGGGGAUAAACACGUCCGAACUCCCCGCUGACAAGGCUCUGGCGGGAGUGCCCCGACUCCUGGACGAUCUCCAGAGACUGUCCGAAGACACCGACUCUGCGGACAUCGUUUUCAUGUUAGGCAGGGACGAGGAGAGGAUGUACGCGCACAGGAUCAUCCUGAUGGCCAGAUGCAAAAGCUUCCAAAUGGCCAAAAGAGGCGAGGUGUGCCGAAUUCCUGGUUGUACCGUAUCACCGGCAGCUCCUGGUACUCCAGCCUCAAUAAGACUACCACAAGCACCUCCAGAAACCUUCAAACAAUUUUUACUCUACGUAUACACAGGCAAAAUCUUGCUUCAAGACAGCAGCGUGUUUGAAAUGAUGGCGUUAGCUCAAGAAUUAGGCGUUGAUGAGCUAAGAAAUGCCUGCGAGGACCAUGUUACCUCGACUCUUUCGGUACCAUCAGCUUGUACUUUUCUAGCUACAGCAAUGGAUAUUCAAGACCGCUCUGCAGGUGGAAAAGCAACUGCAGGUUUUAUUGAGAGAUGCAUCACUUAUAUUGGAGAAAAUGCCGCUGAGUGUGUGAAAACAAAUUCAUUCCUUUCAUUACCGAAAGAAGCUGUUAUCAAAUUAAUAUCUUCUGACUAUCUUUGUCUUGUAGAAGAGGACGUAUGGAGAGCCGUAUUAAACUGGGCAAAAUACCAAGCUGGCGUUACGCAACCUACUGCCCAUUGGACUGAAGAAGAAAGAGCAAGAGUUUGCCAACAUUUGUCAUAUGUUAUAAACCAUGUCCGGUUACUUUUAAUAGAUUCACAAGUGUUUGCUGAAGAGGUGGAGCCCACUGGAGCUGUUCCCAUGGAGCUCAGUCUAGAGAGAUAUAGACAUGCAGCGUUGCCAAGCAAAUACCCUGAAGCUUCAGAAGACCAGAGGCUUAGACCUAGAGUUUCACCCCAUUUAUUUCCAGGAUCUCUUAUAUUAGGACAAGAUAAAAGUCAUUAUCAGAGAAUUUUGAACGCCUGGUAUGGCAAUGUUAAACAGACCUGGACCCUGAUAUACAGGGCUAGCAGUCACGGAUAUUCAGCGUCAGCUUUUCACAGGCGCUGCGAUGGAAUAUCACCAACCUACGUUAUUGUUUUGGGUGCAAGAGGUGAAAUAUGUGGGGGAUUCAGUGAUGCAGCCUGGGGUAGACCGCCUGGAAAAAGCCGAUUUGUCGCGGCCGACAGAGCUUUUCUUUUCACCCUGUAUAACCACCAAGACUUGCCUCCAACCCAGUUUCAACUAGUUAAGAAGCCUUUUGCGAUUUGUUAUCAUCCAGAUUCUGGUCCAAUAUUUGGAGGUGGAGCAGACCUUUUAAUUUCAAACAACUGUAACAGCAACAUGGACAGCUAUUCUAAUUUACCUCACACUUACGAUGGUGAAGGUGCCUCACCUUCAGUGCUUAUGGGAGAUUAUAAUUUUGCUGUGGCAGAUUAUGAAGUUUUUGCCCCCAUAAACUGUACAGGGAAAUUUUCAAAAAGUGAGAGAUACCAGUAAGAAAUUAAACAUAAAUCAUA